AUGGACUUUGGGUGGCCCGAGGGGGUGGGGCUGGCCCUCUCCUACCCCCCACUGCCCUUUACUCCCCCACCCCAGCCCCCGGCUCCCCAGGGGACUGGGUCACUCUGGACCUUGCUACUUCCUGCUCCUGGCUGCCACUGCUCAGAGGCUAUGGAGCUGUGGAAGCAGCUGAGGCAGGCUGGACUGGUGCCCCCAGGGCUGGGCCCACCCCCGCGGGCCCUGAGGGUGGUGCCCCCAGUGAAGAGGGUGGGUCAGACCCUCAUGUUCCCAGGGGCUGACACUGGAGGUGCCAGGGAGUGUCUGCUGUGGCUCUGGGAGGAGCUGGUGAACCUCCGCCUAGUGGAUGUCCAGCUGCUGGGCCAGCUAUGCAGCCUGGGGUUGGAGAUGGGGGCACUUCAGGAGGAACUGAUCACCUUCCUGGAAGAGGAGGAGGACAGAGAGCUGGAAGGGAAGCAGGAGGGGGCCUGCGGUCCAGCCCCAGGUCACCGCCUCCCUGACUUUGAAAUGACUAUCUGAGGCCCUGCUGCUGUGCUUUCAGACCCAUGAAUGCGCCACCUGCAGGAGACAGGCAGAUAUCUGCAGAUGGCAGCCGACGAGAAGCAGGGCUGCAAAUAUAACUCCUGCCCAGGUCCAAUUUGGAGAAAAGAUGCCCAAGACAGCAGGUGGAGGGCUCCAGCCUGAGGAGAGACAGCUCUUCUGGGAAGACAGUUGGACAUUCUUCAUAAAACCAUUACUCCCAAUGAGGAAAAAUACACGCUUGCAUUUCUGUGAUUCUUCAAAACCAUUUUCUGGUUGGGAGUGAGGAUAUUCCCAGAGAAGUGAGAUGCUGGCAGGUGCUGAAUUCCUGUCCAUGGGGAUUUCCGUCUUCAGAAAAACCUGCUUCUACUCUAGAGCCCGCGAGCCACAACUACUGAAGCCCGCGUGCCUAGAACAAGAGAAGCCACUUCAGUGAGAAGCCCAUGCACUGCAACGAAGACCCAACGCAGACAAAAAUAAAUAAAUAAAAUAAAAAUUUAAAAAUACCCUGCUUCUUUUUGUGCACUGGAGUCACCCAAGACUCGAGGGGUUUUGGGGUUUGGGCUCCAUCCUCAAACUGGUCCUCCUUUGCCUACCUUAGCCAGGUCUGCAGCUGCUGGGAGUUCUCCUGUAGGGGGUGGUGCUGGGGAGAAUGCUGGAAGUCAGACCCCAGUACCCAGCGAAGGGGAAAGAUACCCCAAGAGCAUGCAAAUAAGCAGAGCCCCCUCUCCGACACUGGGCACUCUAGAAAGAGGCUGGGGGCAGUCCGGGUCUCUUGGCAGCUACAUCGAGUCCAUGGGGGUCACCAGGGCUGGGGAGGUGGGGCUCCGUGGCCACAGGGUCUGGGUCAUGCUUCACAAAUGCCAAGGAACUCUGCCUCUUGGGGGGAAAGAGGG